AUGCUCCUCGGCUCAUGUCGCCCGAGACCACCUCCUCGGCACGGCCUGCCCGUCCGAGAUGUGCUCCUCGGCCUCAUAUCGCUCGGGACCACCUCCUCGGUGCGGCCUGCUCGCCCGAGACAUGCUCCUUGGCCUCAUGUCGCCCGAGACCACCUCCUCGGCUCGGCCUGCCCGCCCGAGACGUGCUCCUCGGCCACAUGUCGCCCGAGACCACCUCCUUGGUGUGGCUUGCCCGCCCGAGACGUGCUCCUCGGCCUCAUGUCGCCCGAGACCACCUCCUUGGAGCGGCCUGCCCGCCCGAGACAUGCUCCUCAGCCUCAUGUCGCCCGGGACCACCUCCUCGGCGUGGCCUGCCCGCCCGAGACGUGCUCCUCGGCUCAUGUCGCCCGAGACCACCUCCUCGGCACGGCCUGCCCACUCGAGACGUGCUCCUCGCCUCAUGUCGCCCGGGACCACCUCCUCGGCGCGGCCUACCCGCCCGAGACGUGCUCUUCGACCUUAUGUCGAUUGAGACCACCUCCUCGGCGCGGCCUACCCGCCCGAGGCAUGCUCCUCGGCCUCAUGUCACCCGAGACCACCUCCUCUGCGCGGCCUGCCCGCCCGAGACGUGCUCGACCUCAUGUCGCCUUAGACUACCACGGUACCGGAGGCUGA